CCACUCAACCCCUGCAUGCUAGCUGCAGACAGACGACACUGCACUAUACCGGAGGUCAAUUCACGGGAUUGAUCGAACAUUUCCAUUGAAGCGUUCGCGAUCCUAGCAACGGGUAUAUCUCGACAUCUGCGCUGCCUAGCGCUAGCCUAGGCCGUCUCGGGAAUCCUGAAAUCUGAAUAGGGAGAGGAAAACCGAUCAAGGUAACAGAUUUCACGAGCAUUGAUGCCGGAAUGCAGAAAAUAUGGGAUGUGGGAAUUCUAAAACGACUGCUACUGAAUCAACCCCAUCUGUAAGGCCCAAUCAAAUACCUGCUGACCAUCCUUCUGAGACACCAGUUGAGGAUAUACGAGGUCAAAAUUUACAAGCCUCUCAGCCUCUGUUAUCACCUGUGCCUAACACGAACACAGGAAAUGCAGACCAGGAAUCUGCCAGUAGACCCAAUGGUGGGUGCAUUGAGCAAACCGCUGUGGAGAAAUUUUCCUGUUCAGAAGAUAACCAUUCUGAUAGACUUCUAAGGGAUGAAAAGAAUGAAGAUCAGAAUGAGAAGGCAGAAGGUGACAACUUGGGUGUACAGACUGAAGGAUCCAACAAUGUAAGGCCAACUAGUGCCAUUUCUGUGGACAGUGUUGCUGUGCGUGCGUUAGUUAGCCAUACAAUUAAUAAGGCCGCUGCUGAUGUCUCUUCACACAAAAAUAAGCUGGUCCAUGGUGAUGUACGACCUUCAAGUGUGACUUCCUCGGUAGAUAGUGUCGCAGUUCGUGCCCUUGUAGAUGCAACCAUUACUAUGGCAGCGGCUGGCCUGAAAGAAGACUCUGCAAAUUUAGCGUCUCUCACAGAAAAUGUGGAAAAUCAGUAUGAAGUCGAGGACAAAACUUUUAUUGAGGAUGCACCCCAUUUUGCCCAUACAGAAGUUGAAGAUGCCUCUAACCUUACCAUUGUUGUUGAUACUGUUCCAACUUUGAACUUUGAUGAUUCCCUCAAAGAUCAUGAACCUGAACCUGGGAAGGAUUUGAGUAAAGCUUUAGAAGGCCAAGCACCAGAACCCAACAAAGAUACUAAUAAUGCUUCUUCAGAAACAGUUGAUAAUAAAACUGAGCCAGAGGGUUUAGAUGAUUCAAAUUCUCAGCAAGAGCAAAAAGACACACUUAAUUCAACUACUCAAAAUGAAAACGUCAAUGCAAAUUCAAAUAGUGAAGGAGAAGGGCAACUUGAUACACCGCCAGAGGAAGCGCCUCUCAUCCAUGAUGAGAUGAAUCGAGUUGAUUAUCCACCUACUGAUCCAGGAGAUACUGCUCCUGAAGCAGCAGAUGCCCAAAGUCAAGAGACUGAAGCCGUUCCUUCAGAUGCCACUCAUAGUGUUCCUGCGCUGGCUUCAAGUACCUCUGAGAAUACUUGCCGAAAUGCCAGCAAAGAACUAGACCCAAAGGCCCAGGAAGCCUUUGAUCGUGCUGUCCUUGCAUUCUGCCCACUUGUAGAUCCUAAGCACAUGCUGGAUGUAGUAGCUCCUGGCAUUGGCAGCUUGCAUCUGGACCAUGCUCCUCUCAAGGCAGAUAGUUCUUUUACCCAGCUUCUCACCAAGAUGACUGAUGUAGAGGAAUUAGAUUUUGGAAAGAAUGAGAUGGGACCUCAAGCAUUCCGAGUGAUCAUGAUGGCACUGUCAGCCAACACUUCCAUCAAAUCAGCUGUACUCUCCAACAACAAAACAGACACAGAUACAGCAGAGAGUAUAGGAGUGAUGGUUAUGACCAACCAGACAUUGAAGAGCUUGGAUCUCUCAAGUAAUCAAUUAGGGAAGGAUUAUCUAUCAAGAUGCAUUGGACCUGCUCUCAAGACAAACACUUCUCUGACAACCCUCAACAUGUCAAGUUGUGGUGCUACAGACCUUUCUGCUCUCAUGGAGGGCCUUCAAGAAAACACAAUCCUUAGUAGUCUUGAUGUCAGCCACAAUCAGUUGUCAAAUAGCAAUUCAUUUGUCACUUCCCUUAGUGUAAUAUUAAAGAAUUCCUCAUGUGCAAUAAAGGAGCUGAAUGUUCGUAACUGUGGGAUCCAGGGUACAGGGCUCCAGGUCCUGGGAGAGGGAGUCAAGGAGAAUUCCUCCCUCGUUAUAUUUCAUGCAGGAGGCAAUGAUGUUUCUGAUGCAAAUGUUUUUUUGGAGGUAUUGCUGACCUGUCUCCAGCAUCCUUCCUUAGAAACUCUGAAUGUGAAUGAUACCAGAAUCAGUGAAACUGGCAAUCAAGACAUCGAUCCAGCAUCCAUAAGUGAAAAGAGGAAAAGCAGCUUGAAAAUGUUGAAUUUGGCGAACUGCUCCAUAACUGAUGACAUCAUGAAAGUACUGGCCAAUCAGCUUCUUGCAUGCUUACCACAUGUCACUGAAUUGAGUUUAUCAGGAAACUCUGAGAUGACGACAGUCUCGCUUCAGUAUGUUGCUCAGCUGACUGCAUUGACAGAGGGUUCAGAUUCCUCCAUAUCAUCAGGUUUGACUCAUCUUCACCUUGAUCAGCAGUCUUUGGAAGAUCUUCCUGAUCAUCUUCUCAACAAUCCAUCCUUCCCUAGCCUUACCAUGCUGAGUCUAUGCAAGGCCAAGAUAUCACCAGCUAGUCUGGGUAGACUAUCUCAUCUACUACAGGGACCAGGUGGUCUCACAGAGCUCUGUUUGAGCGGACUCAAACUGUCAGAGACAGAAGCAUUGGAACAGCUCUUUGAGCCAGCUGCCAAUCUGAGCUUGAAGAGUCUUUCCUUAGCUGGUUGUGCCCUCAAAGACUCUGACCUUCAACCGCUGACCUCUGCACUUUCUGCUGGAUGGUGUGUGACCUCAUUGACCUUAGCCAACAACAGAUUGACGGGGUCAGGGGUCAAUCCCCUGCUGGAGGCCUUGACCAGUUCCGAAGAACCAUGCAUUGAAUCUCUGAAUCUCAACUCAAAUCAGCUAUCAGAUGACUGUCAAGAUGUGCUGACUAGUCUCCUUACCAAGGCCAAGAAGCUGCAUACAUUAUCUUUCAAUAGAAAUAGCCUGGGUUGUCAGACUUUAUCAGCAAUAAUGAAUGCAUUACACCUGGCAGAGAGUCUAAAGCUGCUUGAUCUGAGAAAUCAAGAGAAUCCUUUAGAUGAAGAAGAUAUGGAAGAACUCAUGAAGAAGUUAUCAGAGGAACUAGGAUACACCAUACAUGAAGACGAAUAUGGUGGUAUCGAGGCUGGACGUGGCCAUCUUCCAUCCAGAUCAUCUGACUUGUCCAUCUUGUUGACUGGUCUUGGAGCUGACCUUGGACCUGUUGGUAGGUCACUGGACAGUGCAAUGGUCAAGACUGACCAUGGAGUAAAGCAUCCUCUUCCGCUUAGUCUUCAACAUGCCUUACAUCUUGGGGCUUGGAUGACUGCACAAGAUCCCAUGAGUAAGUGAUAAAAUUUCUUCGACAGUCCAGCUCAAAUUCCCUGAUAAAGCAGGCAAUUUCUGAUUAGAUUUUUGUCUAGUAUUGUAGUUCAGAGAUCAUGAGUUUUAAAGUUAUUGAUCACACUUGAAUUAUUCAGAUUUAAUAUUAUUUACUUCAAUUUAGCCCCACAAUGCCAAAUGCAUGUGUCCUGUCCAUUGAUCAUAAUUUCUUCUCUGGUGAUCCAAUUCAUUAUAAAUUUAUUUUUGGAAAGGACAAAACUUUGUACAAAAAUAAUAAAAUAGCAAAAUGUACUUCAUAGAGGUACAUAGAGAAGAUUUUGAUUCUUAGACCAAUAUCCAUCAAGAUAAAUUUUUUUUAAGAGUUGAUGGUACUUGAUUCAAUGUACACAAAUUUCUCUAACAGAUUCAAAGAAUAAGAAGACGGAAAGGAAUUUAAGUUUCUCAAUUAUAAAAUUGCAUACCUAUGCAUGAUCUGUUGAAACUCAACAAAGUCUGAAAAAUAGAAUCGGUUUCAAGGAAAUUCUUGUACAUCAUUGAUUGAAUUUUGUACUUUGGCAGGAGAUAUAAAAGAGUUUCAAUUCAAGAUCAGCCAAUUUAACC